AGACAAGACCUAGUCACGUUUCACGCAAUCUUCGUGACGUUUACAACCAUAUAUGGUUAGGGCAGAAUUUUAUUGGUCGUAGUCAAAUGUUUGCGAUCUCUGUAGCGAAAUACAAUAAAAUAUUGCCCAAGACGAAGGAUUGAUCUGGAGGUCUUCCAAAACUAAGGAUGCGUUUGGACUUAGAAAAGAACAGCAAGUGAUUAAUUCGCCAGCAAUAUUGUUUUUCUGCUAUGGCUGCGAAUCUUCCUUAUGAAAUAAGCAAGUUCCAAGAGCACUCGAGGCUACUAAAGCAGAUAAAGCGAGACACUAACCGAUACUUUCAGGAAAUUCAAGACUCGGGGCAAUUCAGUCAAGACGUCUUGUCUGCAUAUCUUCCAGAAAGCGAUUAUCAGUCCUUAGCAGUUUGCGAGAAACCUCCCACUAUUAUCGUGAUAGGACAGACUUGCUUCGCUAAAGUCUGUGUGAUCAACGAGCUGCUUGGGGAACCCGUUCUACCCGUGGUUGGAGAGUUAGACAGUCGCACAUCAUGGCGAAUGAUUCGAUUGAAGUACGGGAACAUUUCCAACGUCAGCCUAGUUUUACCGGAUAGUUUUGAAUUAGCGGCGAACCUUAACGCCUAUGAAGGCUCGUGGGAAUGUGUUCCGAGAGCUGAUCUCGAAUUGACUGAAGUACAAAGGGACGAUCCAGCAUUGGCCACUGCUGUAGCUGAGGUUUCGUUAACACAUCCCCUGCUGAAAGCCGGAGCAGAGUUAGUGUGCUCCCCCAGCAAUCACGAGGGCGACAUUGACAACAUAUUCCGUGCCUGUUGCGAGGACGUGCUUCCAAUUGUUCUUUACGCGAUAGAAUUUGAUAUUUUGACCGAGAAGGAUAAGACAGAACUCCGGCAAGUGAAGGCAAUGGCACCAGAUAUGGCUGUGUUCUUUGUAAAAUGCAGUAGGAAUGCUCCUGCUGAGCUGACAGAUUCCAUGACAGAGUCAGGCCGCAAUUAUGUUAUUGAGGCAAUGGAGCAGAAACUGGCAGAUGGCAGCCAAGAGCCUGAUAUCAAAACUGAAUCAAUUCGGCCAAGGAAGACAAAGAUUUUUGAGCAGCUUUGUGAAUUAGGGUACUUGUCGUUGGAGAAUGAAGAGACCAAACUGCAGGAAAAUGAGCAAUCAACAAACAAUUCAAUAUUAACAGCCAUUCGACCAAAAUCAAAUCUCAUUGAAGACUUCAAACUCUUCCCUUGCUUUCUGCUGUUUGUCCGGCAAGUUCUUAAAUACAAUGUUGUUUCAGCAGCAACGGUGCUAAAUGAAGCUCAUGUAAGAGUGCUUGGCAUGUUCAUCACUACAGCCUUUGACAUGGCACGAGAUAUGGUGGUCACACCACGCAGACUAGACUAUGCCAGAGAAAAGGAGGAGGAUCUGUUUACAGCUCUGAUGAAAAGUGCAAGCCGCAAGCAAGAGGAAAUCAAAGACCUCAUACACAACACUAUUACCUCACUAUCACCAGAAAUCUUGGCUGAAGUUGAGAAUCUGAAAGUUGAAGGGGUAAAAGUGCUGCCAAGUGGUGAACUUUCAAACCCUAAGGAUUUGCAGUACUGUGUUACUGUCAUUCAAGAGCUGGUCCUAGCAAGAAUCAACAACUCUGUGGCAGAAGGAUUGAUUAGUUCAGUCAAAUACCUCCAAGAAAAUUUUGUCGGAACUCUGAAGCGGUGCAUUGAGUGCUUGGAGAAGAUAGACAGGGAAGGGGUAUAUGAAAAUGGAGAAUCUGCAACAUCAUCACUGAGACAUGUUCUAAACUCUGCAUACCAAAUUGAAGUUACAGUGAGAGCAAGUUCCUCUCUAGCCCGGCUUUUGUGGGAAAAGAUGAAACAAGCACUUCAAACUUUCCCUGGUCAAGCUCCACCAAAGGUAGAUGGUGUCUGGAAGAGGAAAAUUGCACAAGACAUGCUCACGAGCUUGAGUGAAACACGACUGGCUAGACACAUUUGCUCACAAUUUAGGUUGCGACUCCAGAGAUCUCAUGAGGCAUUUGCAACAUCCUUGAGAAUACUUGAAGCGCAUCACAGUGGGAGACUAGAGAAAACGGAGGAGAGACGUUUGCGUCUGCGUAAAUGCCAUGCUCCCAAGAUUGCCAGACUGGCUCUGGAAAGCACCUCACUGAGAGAUGUGGUGGUGUAUGGAAUCCCUCAGAUGGGUCGAGAAGUUGGGAGGGGACAGUAUGGUGUUGUGUAUGCAUGUGAACGUUAUGCUGGUCGUUCGCCAUGUGCUAUCAAAUCUGUUGUCCCUCCUGAUGAUAAACAUUGGAAUGACUUGGCUUUGGAAUUUUUCUACACAAGAUCCAUUCCAAAACACAACCGCAUUGUGUCCAUCAUAGGGUCAGUCAUUGAUUACAGUUAUGGAGGAGGCAGUUCCCCCGCUGUUUUGUUGGUCAUGGACAGGCUUCAGCGAGAUCUCUAUCAAGGCAUCAAGACUGGACUCAACUACAAAAACAGGCUGCUUGUAGCUCUUGAUGUGGUGGAAGGCAUCCGUUUUCUCCAAAGUCAGGGAUUGGUGCAUAGAGAUAUCAAGCUUAAGAAUGUGUUGUUAGACUCUAAGAACCGUGGCAAAAUAACAGACCUUGGGUUCUGCAAACCAGAGGCAAUGAUGUCUGGAUCCAUCGUAGGUACACCAAUUCACAUGGCGCCAGAACUGUUUUCUGGUCGCUAUGACAACAGCGUCGACGUGUACGCCUUUGGCGUCCUUUUCUGGUAUAUCUGCGCAGGGACAGUGCGCCUUCCCUUGGCAUUCGAGCAGUGCGCUAGCAAAGAUCACCUGUGGUCAGCUGUUCGGCGUGGCGUCCGACCUGAGCGGUUAGCGAAUUUUGAAGACGAAUGUUGGGCAUUGAUGGAGGCAUGCUGGAACGGAGACCCUAGGGGACGACCGUUUCUCGGGAACAUUCAACCAAAGCUUAUUGAUAUCAUCAAACGGGGGGACAGCCGGCGUAGUGGCACAACGAAGCAUCAUCGAAAAGAAAGUCGACCUUUCAAAGAGCUAGAGGUACUUCUCUAACCUGCAAGACUCCAGAGAAAACUUAUUAUAAGAUCGUUUGGUUAUUGUUUAUUGGAGCAAUUUAGUUAGGGUGUUUCCCAUGCAAAGCGCCUCUUUUGCCAGUGUAACAACCGCUUAGUUGAAAAUAAUUUUUCAUUCCACGCAUUCUUUUUACCGUGGGUAUUUUUGGCGCAACAUUGUGUCGGCACGGUGUUAGACGAAUCGCACGAGUGUUAUGCUGUUUUGAAAAUUAGGAAGAUACAAACUUGUUGACCCCUUUCAACCAACGAAAACCACAACACUAGCCUGCACAUUUUAGAUAAUAAUGUCAAAGUGACUUGUUUUCAGAGCAUCUCUUAAUUGAGUAUGUUCUUUAAAAAAUGCAUUUGGUUUUACUUUACUCCGCUCAGUGAUGGGUUGACCCGAAAGACUGAGGCCACCGUGGGAGUCCUUGAUAUCACUUGUUAAAGCUUAAACCAAUCGAUGCAUUCCCGCGUUUAUAUCGUAUGCAUGUUUUUUCUUUCUUUUUUUUCUAGGUUGCUUUCGUUGCGUGCUCUUUUUGUAGAUUGUUUUUGUGUGGCCCUUGUGAGUACUUAGUUAGUGUAAAACAUUCGAUCCGAAAUUCAGCGUUCUUAUCGUCGUUGUACGUGCGCGAAAAAGCCAAAAAAAAAAAAAAAAAGGAAGAAAGAAAGAAAAAAAUUAGUGCUACCCCUUUCCCUCCCAUGAGUAACUAAAGAAGAAUUUCUCUGUACAAUAUCAGUCCCUAUCUAAAGCAGAUGGGCAAUGAGAAGAAAUGCAAAUAUCAGUGAAGGAAUAUUCUCUGAUGUAACACCCAAUGCGCAUGCACUCAAAUGGCGUACGGUGUAGAAGAUUGAUAUGUAGACCAUCUUGGGAGAGAAAGGGUGAUACAUAGUCUUUUGAAUACCGUGGGUAGAAAAAAAGACGAAACACAUCACUGAGCCAUAGAGGACAGGUACAUCGAGAUGGGAGCCGCCCAUCCUCCCAUCUUCGUCUGUAGUUUUUUAAUUUUUUUGUUUUUGUUUUUUUUUGUUUUCAGCAAGACUGACUUGAACCUAGUCGAAUGAUUUAUCAUUAGUGGGAAAGUCUAUGUAUGUAGUCGCAGGAAACAAUUACCUAUUAGAAGUCCAUAUAUUUUAAUGCUUCGAAGAAUUUUCAGUGUUCAUUUCUCUCAACUGGGACGUGGUCAAUGAAUUACUAAGUGAUCGGGUGCGAAAUAGGCAAAAAGGAAACUUAAAAUACCCAUAGAUAGAUGAAUAAUGAUAGAAAUCGAACAAAAGGAACACGAAAACGUGAUAACAAUUUAAGACGUGAGACAAAAAAAAAGAAAAGGUUUCUUCAUCGUUCUUGCUUAAAUAUCAUUCAAACGAAAGACAAGGAUUACUCUCACGAUUACUUUCUGUUAUCGUUGCUCUUGAGAAACUCUCAAUUCUUUUCUUGCAUGUGAUGUGUUAGUCAUUAGUACGGGAAAUCCGUGCAUUUAGAGGCAUUGGUAAGUGGUUAUGGCUGGUCAGUUUACAAAAGCAACAAAAUUCCAAAUAAAAAAAUAAAAAAAGAAGAAGCAAAACAUGAGCUAGAGUGGCUUACUUCUCUCUCCUGACAUUAUCAUCUAUCAUUCUUAACUCAAAAGUAGAGGUCAUCAGAAUAAUGAAAAUGAUCAACAAGUGAGGAAGUUUUUGAUUGCCAUACACAUUAUUCUUGUCACAGAAAAUGUUAGGAGAAUAUUGCGGAGGAUAUGAACGCCAAGAUGAAGGUGUAAGGGGUGUAGACGAAGUAAAUGAGGGUUUAAAAACCUUCAUUUACUUCGUCAAAAUGGUGCUUGUGUAACCCUGAAAAUAAAAAAAAAAACAAAAGCAAAAAAACACGAGUAAAUUGAACUUGUAACUUGUUAUUGCGGUUUCGUAAGGGAUUAGUUAUUACGAUUUGUAAAUAAUAUUGACAAUUAAAUUAUUUUUGGCUA